GCAGAACCCCUCCGAGCUGGAGACUGCGAUCGCCGGCGCUCUCUUCGACUUGGAGAGCAACACACAGGACCUGAAGGCCACCCUUCGGCCCCUGCAGUUUGUCUCUGCCCGUGAGGUAAGACUCGCCUGAUUACUUUGUCUUCCAGUCCGCAUGAGUCCAGUGUCAAUUGCACCACAAUUGUUCUUCGAAGCGAGGAAUGGGAAAAAAACAAUAAAUAUUGGACGGGUGUGGUAUAUCUAUAUGCUUGAUGGGAUUGUGUGCGGAGAUUGCUCUGCGUGCGCAAGCUUGUUUCAAUGGCAGAUUUUACACGUCUCUUCGCAGCCUGGGAAAUAGGGAAGACUAGAUGGAAGGGUGAUACGGGUGUGAUGGACACUGGACUCAUACGGGCUUUUGUGCAUAGCUAUUUUCUCAGGUCAUCUAACACGGUACUACAGGUUGAGGUCGGCCACGGCAAGAAGGCCGUUAUCAUCUUCGUCCCCGUCCCUCUCCUCCAGGGCUUCCACAAGAUCCAGCAGCGCCUGACCCGUGAGCUCGAGAAGAAGUUCUCCGACCGCCACGUCCUCUUCGUUGCUCAGCGCCGCAUCCUGCCCCGCCCCAAGCGCUCUGUCAACUCCCGCACCAACCAGAAGCAGAAGCGUCCUCGCUCUCGCACCCUGACCGCUGUCCACGACGCCAUCCUCAACGACCUCGUUUACCCCGUCGAGAUCGUCGGCAAGCGUAUCCGCACCAAGGAGGACGGCAGCAAGACUCUCAAGGUCAUCCUGGACGAGAAGGAGCGUGGUGGUGUUGACCACAGACUCGACGCCUAUGGCGAGGUUUACCGCCGACUAACCGGCCGCUCUGUUGUCUUCGAGUUCCCCCAGAGCGGUGCCGCCGAGUACUAGAUUUAUUUAUCCUUGUCAGAAUCAUGUGGUUUAGAUAAAUAAAGCGAAGUGCACACGGAGGGGUCCUGGUGGGAUUUCGUGUCGGGGGCGGGUUCUCGCGCGAGAGAGAGAGACAGGAAUGAGAAAAGGUUGACUUUUUAUUUCCCACGCACAAAAUAUGCAUUCUCAUCAUGGCCCUUCUGCGAUGGGGUAGCUUGAUCUGGUUCUCGGGUACAAGGAUAAAGGUUCCUGAAAUGAAGGGAUGCGAUGUGAUAAUAAAAAAAUCAUGAUCUACUGGUUCCAGGCUUUUCUUUCCGGCAUGGUUAAAAAGACUCAUUUUCUUCCAUUCUUCUCCUGGUCCACUCGGCGUCCUUUCAUAGAAACCCAUGGUUAGGGCUUUGGGUUUAGACCUGGACCGUCUCCAUGCC